ACAUCAGUCAACACCGGAAGCGGUGACUUUUGUUUGUAGUUCGAGUUCUCCUCGAUAACAGCUGAUGGAUGACAGCUGAAAUUUCUUUUUUUAAUGCGAGAUAUAUGAUUUGGUAAGGGGUUACUUUAUAUUUUGACAGUGGUAACGAUAAAUUUAGAUGGAUUCGGCUGACAUUUCAGCAGCUAGCAUUGCCCAGGGCUUGGUUUAUCUGUAACAUUUAGCCGUACUCAGCUAACCAACGUUACCCUGUUUACAGCAGUCUGUCUGUCAACUUGCCGUCUGCCUGUUGUCUACUGUAAGACUUCUACAAAGUAAUCACACUAUAUCGUCUCUUUCUACUAAGUGACAUCAAACAUAAACGGGCUGUAUUGAUGGCAAGGGGCUGAAGUUGUUUUUUCUAAGUCACAAAUUAACGUUACAGUGCACCAAAGACAAGUAUCGAGGCAAAGUAAUGUUUUCUUAGAGUGCAAAAGUUAGAUGUGUUGAGUUGAAACACAGAGAAGGGGAUGUCUGAGGUCAGGGUUGAUCUCAAGGAAAUGGAAGCAGGAAAACGUAGUGACCAGGAUAAAACAUCUCCUGAUCCUGUGAAAUCCCACAACAGUGAAACUUCCAGGCGGGACCUGGAGGGUUGCCUGCCAGAUGCUCACCCAUCCUCAGCAGAUGUUAGUCCCUCUCCUUCCUCUGAGGCCAGUGGCUUGCUGUCAUUGCCAUGGGAGAUGGUAACCCACAUUGCCUCUCAUCUUCCUGCUCAGUGUGUCAUCACUGUAUUACCAAAGGUCUGUCAUGCACUGGGUAAUGUAGGCAAGGACAGCACUGCAUGGCAGCUUCGUGCACGCAGACUAACAGGAUCCAGGGCAAGCUUUCCUGUGGGACCAAGGGAGGACUUUGACUGGCCCACUGCUUGCUUGGAGAUGGAGCAGUUGAUAACCUGCUGGUCAGACCAAGCACACCUUGUGGCCAGACAAAUCCAAGAGGAGGAGGAAAGAGAAAGAGCAAGGCAACAGCAAAGGGCGGGGCAUGAUGAUGAACCAGCUGCAGAGAUACCUGAAGAUGGGGGAGUGGAUGUUGUGGAAGGGGUGGGGGUGGCAGGACAGGAAGUUGCGUAUGGUGUUGAUGAAGGGAUGGAGGUGGCAUUGGAGGGUGAGGAUGGUGAAAUGCAGCCAGUUGUUGAUGGCGACCAAAUGGAAGAGGAUGCAGUGGCACUAAUGGAGGGAGAAAGGGACCAUAGAGUAGUGUUUGAAGAGGAGCGAGGUGAUGCCAAUCACCAAGAGAACUUGGCUGACCCCCAUCAGGAAAAUGAAAGACAGGCACAUGUAGAAUCUCAACCAGCCAGAAGUCCAAGCCCACCACCAGCACUAGAGUGCAUCACCCUGCCUUCAGGCCAUAUUGCUCAGAUCAACUCGGUCCUGCUAGUCGGGGGUGAGGGAAAAGUUUGCGCUACAGGUUCUAGAGACUGGAAUGUUAAACUCUGGGACUUGCAGGCCAGUUCUAACAGUGCCCUGCUUUACACUUUGGGAGGACGGGGCAACUUUAGCACUCAUCGAGGAUGGGUGUGGUGCCUUGCAUCCCAGGGGCCUUUGCUGGCAUCUGGGGGCUUUGACAGCACAGUGAGGCUGUGGGACCUGCAGGCAGGUGGGGCAGAGAGGGGGGUUAUCAGGGCUGGAGCUGCUGUCCUCUGCUUGUCCUGUCAAACAGACAUGUUGCUGGCUGGAACAUUUGACAAGAGAGUGAACAUGUAUGACACCAGAGCUGCUGAACCUCUGGUGAAAAGCCUCCGUCUCCAUGGUAAUGCAGUAAUGUGCCUGGCUGUCGAUGAUAGGUACAUCAUUUCUGGGAGUAAAGACUGCACUGUGGCUGUCUAUGACUGCAGGGCAGGCAAAGGCUUGAAGAAAGUCCAGCUGAGCUCCUACCUGCUGUCCAUGAGCUACAGUGGCAGUGAGGUGUGGGCAGGAGACAAUAGGGGCAUGCUCCACUCCUUUUCCAUGCAGUCAGGGAUCUUAAAACCCUUGUCCCAGUUCGAUGUGGGGCACACAGCUCUUGUCACUGGCAUCCACAGGUCCGCUGGAAGCCUCUAUACCUGUUCAUCUGAUCGGACUGUCAAGGUACAUAUACCAUGUGCACCUCCAAGGACAUUAUGCACACUGCAGCAUCAAGCUGGAGUUAAUGGGCUGAGUGUGGAAGCUGGAGUCCUCGCCGUUGCCUCAGGUGAUAUGUAUGCCGAAGUGUGGAGGCCAAGAAAAUGACUGCAAGACUUGUAAAGCUAUUGGGCAAAACUUUGAAAGACAAUGGUGACAAAUGUGGAUGCCUGUCAGCACAACAGUAAUCUUCCAUCUUAUUGCAAUGUAGGGAUUAUACAACUCAUUGCCUCUCAUCCAGUCUGACUGCCUGGUUUUAUAUCAAUGGAUCUAAUUAGUAGCUAAUGUGUAAACAUGAAUGCAGUGGACUAUAAAUUAGCUCCUUAAAUGAAGAACAUAUGGCUGAAUUAUUUUAGUUUGCCGACUGCCAACACAGAUGUUAAAAUGUCAUCAGUGCAUUGUAUGAACUGCUGUUUAAUUUCUUUUUAUAAACUACAUGUACAUAAAGACAUCACAUGUCCACUAAAUUUUCAGUUCACACCUUCACUCCACGGCAGAUGAAGAUGUUCAUUGUCUUUUAAAUUGUGGUUUAUUCAUCAAUGUGGAAAACACAUUUUUAAGGAUUUAUACCAUUUACAUGAACUGAAUGAAUUCACAUGAAUUGACUCAAUCUGUUUCACUGAACCAAACCCACUACAGUUUUACUUAUCAUUUACAGUGAAGUCUUUGUAACUGAGCCUUUUGUUACAUACUCAUUGUUUUUCUAAGGCUAUUUAUUCAAACACAGCUUAAAAGUAAAGUGAAUGUUAUGUCUGUCUGGUCUUGACUUGUUCUGCUUUGAACAAGUUGCAAAAACCUUGUGUGUGUUAUAUUUAAUUAAAUCAAUCUUAACCACAAAUCAUUUCGAACACAAUAAAAACCCCAGGAAAUGACUGCAAUAGAAUU